ACAUGUGCUUCUCUAUAGGUAUCAGAAAAGUAAAUGUUUAAUUAAUUUGGUAAGAGAAAACCAAUAAAUAUGGAACGUAACAAUUUGGAUCGCGAAUUAGUUGGAUUGCUGUUCCCUGGAAUUGUCAAAAACGACGACAAAGCUAUUGCUUGCUUGGGCGGAAUAAGGAACAUUUCAAAUGUUUAUAGCAGUGCUGGGAGAAAGCGUCUGGGGUUAUCUUUUCAACCAGAAAAUCCAUUUGUAAGAAAGAUAUUUGGUGCUUCCAAGAGAGCAGCCGGAGUACUAAUGAAAGUUAAAGUGAAGAAAGUGAGGGAAGGCGAUGUAAUAAAGAGGGAAGUUAUCUCAACAACUGUAGUUGGAUGUGUUAAAACCAUGUUCAGGUUUGAAUCAAUGUGUGACUUCCAAUAUUUGCCAGUACACAGAGAGUCUAGUGAUGGCCCUAUGACUUGUGAUCUAGAAAAUUAUUUACCUUGUGGUACAGACACAUUAGAUUUCAUGCUCCAACCUGCUCCAUUAUUUUUAAUUCCCGCAAGCUUCACUAGAUUUGAGAGGCCAAUUGGCUAUGCCUAUACUGAUAAAAAAUACCCAGAACGUGCUUCUCCAGAUCGAGAUAGAGAAAGUGUUCACAACAAAAUUAGAAGUUUAAGAGGAACUCAAGUGACCCCAUAUAUAUUUAAUUUGAUUGAUGACUUGCCGACUGAACCACAUGAAUUCUAUUUGAAACAGAGAGAACAGAGACUUGAGUGCCAGCCAACAUUAAAUCAGGAGUUUGAAAUUGUUAAAAAGCUUCUUGAAGAGAGACCAAUAUGGUCGCUAAAUUUAAUAAGAUAUCAUACAAAGUUGAGGCUGGUUUCUCUGAAGGUGAUUAUGCCUUGUCUUGCUGUGUACAUGAAGACUGGCCCUUGGAGGUCAAUGUGGGUGCGGUAUGGGUAUGAUCCAAGAAAAGAUCCUAGCUCUAGGAAAUAUCAGACAUUGGACUUCAGGUUAAGACAUGCAGCCGGCGUGAGGUCCAUGAUAAUGUCUCGUGAAGAUACGACGGACCGCGAACGACAGCCGAAGAGGAAGUUCACGGAGACUGCGCCAGUGAACGAGGAAAUUGCAGAGGGAACUGUGUACUUCCGACCAGGAAUCACACCCACACAGCGGCAUAUAUUCUACCAGUACUGCGACAUCCAAAUACCAGAAGUGGAAGAGAUCCUUGCAGCGGAGCCGCCGCCGGGUUACAUGUGCCACCUGAAGCGAGGCUGGCUCCCGGCUAAUACGGACGAGAUCUGCCGCGAUCACAUGUUCCGAUACGUCAAGGAUACGCUUUUCAAUAGCAAUAACCCCGAGAUGAAGUAUGAGGCUCCCAGUGGCAGUGAAAGUGAAUCCAACUCUGAGGACGAUACUACCGUUAACGAUGUUGAUGAUAUCGAGGAUAGCAAAUAAUUUAAAUAAACAAUAACCUACA